AUGGGUGAUGUCUGCUGCUAUUCUCCGUUUACACUCAUGAACAAGGCGACUGGAUUUUGCUUAAUAAAAAGAUCUUCCCGUUGCCAAGACAUACGCUGGACAACCGGCGACCGUCUUUUUGUAACGUCCAGCAAAAAGUGCAUUGGAGCGCAGGGCAAAAGUGUGGGGAGUGAAGUGAGCCAAUACGACUGCGACGAGAAAAGCUCACUCCAGAAGUGGGAAUGCAAGAAUGGAACGUUGCUCGCUCUCAAAGGCCAGCAGUUAUUCAUUGAAGUCAAAGCUGAUGAAUCGAUCAUGCUGUCCAGGACUGUCGGGCCGAAUAACUACCUUACAAUCUCAGGGACAGCUAGUGGUGCCUGCACGAGAACUUAUAGAGAACAUUACACCAUAGGUGGAAAUUCCUUUGGUAAGAUCUGCAUGUUUCCCUUCAUGUACAAAGACCAAUGGUAUGGAGAAUGCACCAGGUUUGACUCCAAAGUGAAGCGCAACUGGUGUGCAACUGAAACUAAAUACGAGCACGAACAAUGGGGGUACUGCCCAACUUCUUCCACUGAGCACUGGACCCAAAACGUUGUUACUGGAGCGUAUUAUCAGGUGAACAUGCAGUCAGCUCUGACUUGGUCCCAGGCUGACACCAGCUGCAAACAGCAGGCUGCGUCUCUGGUCAGCAUCGUGGAUCCAGCAGAGAAGGCCUUCAUCACAGCACUGCUGACCUCAGGGAGGAACCGACUCUGGAUUGGAUUAACUCUGAACGAAGAACACGGCUGGCAGUGGACUGAUGGGAAACCUGUCCGUUAUCUGAGAUGGGAUACUGGACAUCCACUUCCCAAUCCGGGACAUAGCUGUGCUGUUAUCGACUCUGCUGGCCAGUACAAAUGGCAGAGUUCAUCCUGCUCCAAGAAAAUGGGCUACAUUUGCUACAAAGGUGGAACGCUGACAGCUCCUCAGCAAUUUGAACAAGGGUUUUGCUCGAACCAUUGGAUCCCGUACAACGGUCACUGUUUUUAUCUUCAGCGCACUGCUCAGACUUGGUCUGAUGCUCAGAGAGAGUGCCGCAAGGAGGGAGGCGAUCUCGUGAGCCUCCGUAACGUGGAGGACCAAAGCUUCGUCAUUUCUCAACUUGGAUAUGCAUCCAGUGAUGAGCUUUGGAUUGGACUGAAUGACAAGACUACAGAAGGCCUGUUUGACUGGAGUGACCACUCCACAGUUACCUUCACCAGCUGGGAGUUUGAAGAACCAAACUUCACCACUGAGGAUGAAGACUGUGUUCUCAUCAGAGGGGAGAAUGGGAACUGGGCAGAUCGCGCAUGUGGUGAAAAACAUGGAUUUAUUUGUAUGAAGCAAAGUUCUACCGAAAGAACUGAAGAUGAAGUGGAGACAAACAUUGGCUGCAAAGCUGGGUGGAAAAAACAUGGUUCCUACUGCUACUUUGUAGGAAUUGAGACAAAGACCUUUGAUGAAGCUAAAGAAGACUGCAAGAGCUCAGACUCCUACUUGGCUGAUGUCUCAAAUGGUGUGGACAAUGCUUUCCUUGUGAGCCUGGUGGGACUGAGACCAGAGAAACAUUUCUGGCUUGGGCUCUCCAAUCUGAACAACAUUGAUGUUUUUGCUUGGACCAACUCAGACUCUGUCAGAUUUACUCAUUGGAACGCUGGGAUGCCGGGCUAUCAACAGGGCUGUGUUGCCAUAGCAACUGGGAUUUCGGCUGGACUAUGGGAUCUGCUACCCUGCACCAAUCAGGAAAAGUACAUUUGCAAGCACGUAGCUGACGGGGCUGUUGCAACAGUGCCACCGCCGACCCAGACUCCUCCCCAGUGUGCAGAAGGUUGGAAUCGAGUAGGAACAAGGAGCGUUUGCUCCAAGUUUUUCACAGGUCCUCGAUCCCACGAGAAGACCUGGUUUGAGGCUAGAGAUUACUGCAGGAUCAUAGGAGGAGAUCUGCUGAGCAUCCACAGUGCAGCGGAGCUAAUUGUGAGCCAUCGAGGUGGAAGGGGUUGGAUUGGACUUCACGUUGCAGAUCCAAACACUGGUUACACGUGGAGCGAUGGAAGUCCGCUUAACUUUCAGCACUGGCAGGAAGGAGAGCCAAACAAUUUUAACAACGAUGAAUCCUGCACUGAAUUCACAUUACACAACUGGGAUGAGUCCGGCUCUUGGAAUGACCUGAACUGUGAGAGUUUCAACGACUGGCUGUGUCAGAUCCGUGCAGGAGUGACUCCAAAACCACCUCCUAAUGAUACAGCAGCCGAUUUUAAUACGACUACAAACGGUUGGCUCGUGUGGAGAGGAAAACAGUAUUUCAUUAACAGAAUGGCGAAGUCGAUGGAAGAAGCUCGUCACUUCUGCCAGCAGAGACACAGCGACCUGGCAGUGGUCAACAGCAAAGAAGAAAACAUUUUCUUGUGGAAACAGAUAUCCAGAAGCUAUGGAUCAUUUUACAUAGGUUUGUCUGUGGACCUUGAUGGCUCAUAUUGGUGGUUGGAUGGUACGUCAGUGACGUAUAAAAGAUGGGACGAGAAUCAGCCGAAUACCGAGGCCUUCGAUGAGAACUGUGUUGCAAUGGGUUAUCACAUGGGUUACUGGCGCACUCAUAAUUGUGGAAGAGAGCUUCAGUCCAUCUGCAAACGAACAAACACGCCUCCUGUGAACACCACAGCUGCCCCGACCGUCCCUCCUACUGGAGGCUGCCAAAAACUGUGGACCAAGUUUGGAUCAAAGUGUUACAAGAUAAUAAAUAACCGCAAGAGCACAUGGCAAGAAGCACGAGAACAAUGCAACAAUAUGCAAGCUAACUUGGUCUCCAUUUCCACAAGACAAGUGCAAGCAUUCUUGACCAUGAACUUGCUCGACGUACCAAAUACUGAUUUGUGGAUUGGUUUGAACAGUUUAAAUCAAGAAGGAUUUUUCUGGACUGAUGGAAAAACACGACAAUACACCAAUUGGGGUUAUUCUAAAAAUCAACGCCGUUUUGGAUCAUUUUAUCAAAGAUGGAAUGAGGAGGAGUGUGUGGUGGUGACCACUAGGUCUUCUUUUGGGAUUGGGAAAUGGUUGAUUAAGCCCUGCAAUGAUACCUAUGGAUAUGUUUGCCACAAAAAUAUCAAUCCAAGUAUCAAGCCACAACCAGACUCAAUAGAACCCAGCAUUUAUCAGAAUGUGGGGAAUGACAGCAUCAAGGUCGUGACUCAAAUGCUGUCCUGGGAAGACGCCAAGAAACGCUGCGAAAGCGACAAAGCCAACCUGGCCAGCUUGCGUAAUGAGUGGACCAACGCCUACGCUGAGCUUUUGGCUUCCACGCUCAAAACUCCUCUGUGGAUCGGACUGAACAAAAAUAAGACUGGAGGUUAUUUCAGGUAUGUUGAUGGCUGGCGCAUGAGCUCUGCCAACUGGGCUGAAAAUGAACCAAGCAGGGACAAACCAUGUGUGUACGUAGACGUGGAAGGAAAAUGGAAGACUGCUUACUGCAACCAGACUAUGAACAGCAUUUGUAUACAGUCGUCAGAUGUUCCUCCGACAGACUCCACCUCAUUUCCUGGACGCUGCCCUGAAGAUACUAACGUAGAGUACCAGGAUAGUUACACCUGGCUGCCUUUUAGAGGCUACUGUUAUUUGUUCGUCACAGAUGAAAUUGAAUGGGCAGACGCCGCUAGCAGCUGUGUACGACACGGUGGAAUCCUUGCAAGUAUUGAAGACCCUACUGAGCAAGAAUUUAUCAAAAGCAACAUUGAAGUACUUCAAGAUAGCCAUUCUUCUUUCUGGAUCGGCCUAUUUAAAACACACAAAGGAACAUGGUUGUGGUUAGAUAAAACAAUCCUUGACUUUGCAAACUGGGCUCCAGACGAGCCAGAUUCUGAUUAUGGUGCCAUCAGAAGCUUAGAUGGGACUUGGAGUUCGGGUCGCAGGUGGCACGACAGAGCGUACAUCUGUAAAACACCCAAAGUUCCAGAAACAGAGGGAGAAUCAAAACCCGAGCCUCAUGGAAGUGAAGAUCAUCGCAGUCGUGUCCACACGAGUUUGGUAGUCGUGCUGCUCAUCGCCAUAAUCUCCUCACUGAUGGUCGUUGCUUUCUUUCUCUAUAAGAGGUCCCCUCGCUCACUCCCCACCUUUGAAAAUCCACUCUACUUCAACAACGAGAAGUCCCAGCCGGAUGUGAUCGACACCAAUAAACUGAUAGAGAAUGCAGAAAACACUGAGACUUUUAUAACUCUGUGAUUCACAAAG